AUGACAAUGAAUACCUCAAACCCGCAUGGAACGAGCCUGGUAGUCCUUAUAUGGGUUCUGACAGGCAUCUCGGUGAUCGUGGUCUCUCUGCGCGUCCUGGCCAAAACGAAGAUCCGUCAAUUCAGGACAGACGAUGUCGUGAUGAUCUUUGCGCUGAUCCUAGGUAUCAUCGCCGGGUCCCUGAACACCACCGCAGUCAAAUACGGAUACGGUCUACCGGACGAAUCCGUCCCCGAACCUGGCGCGACGACGGGUCGAAAAUUCUACAUCAUAGGACUGGCCUUUCUGAUCCUCUGCACAGCCGUCGGCCGCGCCGCCUUCGUGCUAUACCUCCUAGCCAUCCUGGGCGGGCAGAAAUGGCAGCGCAUCAUCCUGACGGCUCUGGCUGUCAUGGAGGUGGUUUUCAAUUCCGUGUCCAUCAUCUUGAUGUUUGCCUCUUGCACGCCUGUGUCCAUGCUUUGGGAUUACGCGGCUGAGGGGACCUGCGCGGCGGACUCCAUCCAGGUCGACUUUGGAUAUUUUCAGAGUGUAUUCAACAUCUUCGUCGAUCUGUACCUAGCCGUCGUCCCGACCUAUAUCUUCUGGCAUCUCAACCUCAAACUCGGGAUCAAAAUCAGUUUGGUGGCCCUCAUGAGCGGUGGCCUUGUUGCCAUGGCCGCCGCCCUCGCCAAAACCAUCCAACUCCCCGAGAUCCACAACGACGCCCUAGGCGGCACGAUCAACCUCCUCCGCUGGGGCUACAUCGAAGCAAACCUGGUGAUGAUCACCGCGUCGCUGCCUUGUCUCCGCUCGCUUAUUCUCUCGGGGUUCCACUAUAUGACGAGUAGCGGACACCGGUCUCGCUCGUAUGAGCUUGGUGCUGCAGCGUUUACGGGGACGCGGGCGGGGACGACGUCAGUCACAGCGCAGAAGACCUCGCAUCGGAAGACUGAUUCGCGGUUGCGUGGGAUGCUGUCGACCAGGAACCGGGGCGAUGAUGGGGCGAGUGUUGAUCGUAUACUCGGUAGUCGGAAUAGUCUUGAUGGGGUGGAGACGGGUGGGAGUAGUCAGGAGGGGUCGGCUGGGAUUCGGAAGCACGUUGAGGUGACUGUUGUUGCGGAUGAUGGUGGGAAGGGAGUAUAG